AUGGAUGUCAACAUGAACUGGGCGCAUUUGGUGUUUGGAGUGAGUGUACACCAAAUUUUAAAGGCCAAAAAUGAGACAUUACCGUCUAAUUUGGUUGAUCGUUUUGAUAAAUGGCUACGUAAUUAUAAAAUUGCAUCAGACUACUUUCACGCGAAUGUAGCAAAACUGAAAAAGACUCAUAAAUUUGAAGCUAACAUUUUCAAGGCCAGUGAGGUUUCACGUGAGAUCAGAAUAUCAUAUUUACAUUACAAUAUGUCCUUAUGGGUACCUUUUGAAAAGUUCAAUCUGGAACUGCUGAAACGUACAACUAUAUACGACAGACAACAGUUAGAGAACAUGUAUGGACAGUGGAUAACAUAUGCCAAUAGUAUCGCAAACGUACUGAUGAUGGUGCCCAGUCCCGAUGAAUCUGACUCUUGCGUUGGCCAUUUGGAGCAUCAACCUAUAUUCCAAUCCACUCUGACAAAUCAAGCCAAAUGUAAUGUCCCAAAAAACUGCAAAUUGUACUUAGAGGCCGGGUCUGGUUUUGGAUAUGCAUUAUUGCACAGAAUUUUACUUUUAGUUAAUUCAAGGUAUGGUCGAAAUUGUGCAAUAUUUUCCGAAAAAGAGGACAAGUACCUUACAGACAAGUUGUGUUUCAUGGCAUAUAAUGAGAACCAGUAUAUUGCUCUCAGUGACUUUGCAGUGCCUGAUUUAUUCGGGGAAAGCAUUGCACUUUGCGGCUUGCUCGGUCACGCCCAUUUUUUAACCAAUUUCUGGGUAAAAAGUAUCAUGAUGCAUCAAAAAGUAGAUGGGUGCUUUAUGGGAGACGUAAGUAAAAGUAAUGAAGACUUCAAUGAAAAAAUUGAGAACGAAACGAAACAAUGGUCGUUUUCACGGGACAGUGAUAUGUUGAACGGAUUAUGUAAUAAGCACAUGACGUCGAUAGCCUUGGUAGUAGUUACAAAUGUCGUUAGAUUUAUCACAGAAACCUAUUAUUAA